AUGCAUCUUCGUGGAGUUUUCCGUGCGGCAAAACUGCCAAGAGGCCAAGGCGCGAUCGGCACCAAGUGGGUGUUCAAGAUCAAGCGCAAAGCGGAUGGAUCGGUCGAGAAAUACAAGGCGCGUCUCGUUGCCAAGGGCUUCAAGCAGAAGUACGGCAUCGACUACACAGAGACGUUCUCGCCCGUGGUCAAGUACGUGACACUGCGUAUGGUGAUCGCGAUCACCAAGUAUUUCGACUGGCCACUGGACCAACUCGAUGUGGUGACAGCCUUUCUCUACGGAGUGAUGAAGGAGAAGGUGUACUGCGUGAUACCAGAAGGCGUCGAGAUGGAUGGCGACUUCGACUGUCUCGAGUUGGUGAAGGCGAUCUACGGUCUCAAGCAAGCUUCACGUGUGUGGAACGAGACUUUCGACGAAUUCGUAUGCUCCAUCGGUUUCGAAGCGUCGGCGUUCGACCCAUGUCUCUACAUCAAGGUUGUCGACGGUCACUGUGUGCUCGUGCUGGUCUACGUGGAUGACGUGUUGGUCACCGGCAGCUCGCUCGAGUUGAUUGCGCAGACGAAGGCCGACCUCAAGACGCGUUUCGAGAUGACCGACAGUGGCAAGUGUACUUUUGUACUGGGCAUCGAACUGGUGGACGAAUCGGAUGGCAGCGUGACGAUGUGCCAGCGACGGUAUGUCAACGACAUCCUCAAGCGCUUCGGCAUGGAUGAGUGCAAGGCCACAGCAAGUCCGGUCGACUUGGGCACUCGGCUUGUCGCAAGCAGCGAAGCGGCCAAGAUCGACGUUCCGUUUCGUGAAGCUGUGGGAGCUUUGAUGCACUUGACGACUGCGACGCGCCCGGACAUUGCGUAUGCUGUGGGGUACGUCUCGCGCUUCAUGGAGAAUCCGCAGCAAGAACAUUGGACGGCGGUGAAGCGCAUCUUUCGUUACUUGCAAGGGACCAAGUCGCACGGACUCCGCUUCCAGCCAAGCGACAAGAUCGACUUUCGUGGCUACUCGGACGCGGACUGGGCCGGCGACCACGCUGAUCGCAAGUCGACUUCGGGUUACACUUUCAUGCUGAUGGGUGCUCCUGUGAGUUGGGGAAGCAAGAAGCAGUCAAGUGUGUCGCUGUCGACGAGUGAAGCGGAAUACAUCGCACUGAGUCUGGCCAUCCAGGAAGGCAAGUGGGUGCAUCGCCUGCUAUGCGAGAUUUUGGCGGCCGCAAACGAACCAGGACCGGACCUCGUCAUCCGUGAAGACAACCAGUCGUGCAUCAAGAUGACGAAGAAUCCGGUGAAUCAUGGCCGCGCCAAGCACAUCGACAUCAAGUACCAUCACAUCCGUGAUGAGGUCAAGCGCGGUGAAGUGAAGCUCGAGUAUUGCGAGACUUCCGUGAUGAUGGCGGACAUCAUGACCAAGGGACUUUCGGGACCUCGUCACAAGGACUUGACGACGGCUCUCGGCAUUCGUGCGAGUUCGGAUUGA